CAACGUCCGGUGCGGAGAUUCCCUACCACUAGGCAUCAUGCGACUACUUUACCCCGUAUUAGUCGUUAUGGCCACACUGGUCGCCAUUUCUGAAGGCAAUGCCGCAGAAGUGAACGCUGUCGCCACGAAAGUGAAUGCGAGAGACUCAAUCGAGAACACCCGCAAGUUGUCAGAUCCCACAGAAGCAGCCUUGGAGGAGAGAAAAGGUGGAGGGGGAGGCCGCGGGGGAGGUAGAAGAGGAGGAACCAGCACAAGAACCAGCACCGGAAGACGCAAAUUCGACAGGAGUGGAAUCAACCCGACGAACCCGACUCUUGGAUUCAUGUACCCGAGCGACACGCCAUAUCUCAAAGACGAUUUUCGAAAGCUGUACGUGAAAUGGCUGAAGAAAAAACAAGCCGAGAAGAAGAAACAAGCUGAGAAAAAGAAAGCCGAGGAAAAGGAAGCCGAGACAACCCGCCGACUUCGAGCCUAAAGUACGUUGGCAGGUUCAGGAUGUCAUGAGGGUUGGAAACAACGACGCUAGUAGUGUCAUGGAACAGCAUGAUUUCCGGUGGAAUUAGGCUGCCCCGACUGACUAUUUUAAGAUCAUUACCUAACUUGGAGCUGUAGAUCGUCGCUAUUAUAGUCAUACGAACCGAAUAAACAGAAAGUUUUGAGGUUAUAUGAUAAUGAAAGUGAUUUCAAACGGAAAAACCAAGAUAGAAAAGCCGUUAAUACAAAUACCGCAAGGGAUUGGAGUCGUGUACCACGGAGG